GGGGGGGGGGGGAAGGGGGGCAGCUGUGGGCAGCGAGCCGGGCUCGGCCGCCAGCACUAAAGAUGGAGAGGCGCCGGGGCCUCGCAGGGGAGGGGGCUCGGCGUUGACGUGGGACGCGGCGGAGGCGCCGCAGCCGGUGGUGAUUUGCUAACCUCGCAGCAGAGAGGAGUUGAGGGCGAUGAGAGCGGGUACUGCGAACUGCCGGGCGAUGCCGCCGCUGCCGCCGUGAUACCGAGAGCAACAGUUCCCAGCCAACACCCCUCCCCGACACAGGCACACACCCCCAAGAGGCACGCACACCCACCCCCAGCGCUCGGCUCGGCAGCGCCCCCUCGGUUGGUCCAGGACACCCACCCAGCCCCGCCACGCAGAGCCAGGAAGGAAAGAGAGCCUCAUGCCUAAGCCGAGGGGAGCAUCAUGGAUCUGACAAAGAUGGGCAUGAUCCAGCUGCAGAACCCCAGCCACCCCACGGGGCUCCUGUGCAAGGCCAACCAGAUGCGGCUGGCCGGCACGCUGUGUGAUGUGGUCAUCAUGGUGGACAGCCAGGAGUUCCAUGCCCACCGGACCGUGCUGGCCUGCACCAGCAAGAUGUUCGAGAUCCUAUUCCACCGCAACAGCCAGCACUAUACCCUGGACUUCCUCUCGCCAAAGACCUUCCAGCAGAUUCUGGAGUACGCAUACACGGCCACACUGCAAGCCAAGGCGGAGGACCUGGAUGACCUGCUGUAUGCAGCCGAGAUCUUAGAGAUUGAGUACCUGGAGGAGCAGUGCCUGAAGAUCCUGGAGACCAUCCAGGCCUCGGAUGACAAUGACACGGAGGCCACCAUGGCAGAUGGCGCGGCCGAGGAGGAAGAGGACCGCAAAGCUCGGUACCUCAAGAACAUCUUCAUCUCGAAGCAUUCCAGCGAGGAGAGUGGGUAUGCCGGUGUGGCCGCACAGAGCCUCCCGGGACCCGUGGUGGACCAGAGCCCUUCCGUCUCCACCUCAUUCGGUCAUUCAGCCAUGAGUCCCACCAAGGCUGCGGUGGACAGUUUGAUGACCAUAGGACAGUCUCUCCUCCAGGGAACUCUUCAGCCUCCUGCGGGGCCCGAGGAGCCCACUCUGGCUGGAGGCGGGAGGCACGCUGGGGUGGCUGAGGGGAAGACGGAGAUGAUGCAGGUGGACGAGGUGCCCGGCCAGGACAGCCCUGGGGCCACCGAGUCCAGUACGGCGGGCGCCGUGGGGGACAAAGUUGAGGAAAGGGGCAAAGAGGGGCCCGGGACCCCGACUCGGAGCAGCGUCAUCACCAGCGCUCGGGAGCUGCAUUAUGGGCGUGAGGAGAGCGCGGAGCCCCUCCUGCCUCCCGCCGAGGCUGGCCAGGGCCCCCCGGGCCGCCCCGAGCACCCCGCGCCCCCAGCUGAGAAACACCUGGGCAUCUAUUCCGUGUUGCCUAACCACAAGGCUGACGCCGUGUUGAGCAUGCCAUCCUCAGUGACUUCGGGCCUCCACGUGCAGCCUGCCCUGGCUGUGUCCAUGGACUUCAGCACCUACGGGGGGCUGCUGCCCCAGGGCUUCAUCCAGCGGGAGCUGUUCAACAAGCUGGGGGAGCUGGCUGUGGGCAUGAAGUCCGAGAGCCGGACCAUCGGGGAGCAGUGCAGCGUGUGUGGGGUGGAGCUUCCCGACAACGAGGCUGUGGAGCAGCACAGGAAGCUGCACAGUGGCAUGAAGACGUACGGGUGUGAGCUCUGCGGGAAGCGGUUCCUGGAUAGUUUGCGCCUGAGAAUGCACUUACUGGCUCAUUCAGCGGGUGCCAAAGCCUUUGUCUGUGACCAGUGUGGAGCCCAAUUCUCGAAGGAGGAUGCCCUGGAGACACACAGGCAGACCCAUACUGGCACGGACAUGGCCGUCUUCUGUCUGCUGUGCGGGAAGCGAUUCCAGGCGCAGAGCGCGCUCCAGCAGCACAUGGAGGUCCACGCGGGCGUGCGCAGCUACAUCUGCAGCGAGUGCAACCGCACCUUCCCUAGCCACACCGCCCUCAAACGCCACCUGCGCUCACACACCGGCGACCACCCAUACGAAUGUGAGUUCUGUGGCAGCUGCUUCCGGGAUGAGAGCACACUCAAGAGCCACAAACGCAUCCACACGGGCGAGAAACCCUACGAGUGCAAUGGUUGUGGCAAGAAGUUCAGCCUCAAGCACCAGCUGGAGACGCACUACAGGGUGCACACGGGUGAGAAGCCCUUCGAGUGCAAGCUGUGUCACCAACGCUCCCGGGACUACUCGGCCAUGAUCAAGCACCUGCGAACGCACAAUGGCGCCUCGCCCUACCAGUGUACCAUCUGCACCGAGUACUGCCCCAGCCUCUCCUCCAUGCAGAAGCACAUGAAGGGCCACAAGCCCGAGGAGAUCCCGCCCGACUGGAGGAUAGAGAAGACUUACCUCUACCUGUGCUAUGUGUGAGCGGGGCCGCGGCCGCGGCAGGGGAGCGGGCAGCGGGGACAGAGGCGCUCCAGCGGGCCGAAGUCGCCGACGGACUGGGCGAGAAAAGAGAAAUGGGAAAAAAAGGAAAGAAAAAAAAGAGACAAGACAAAGGAAACCUGAUAGCUGUCUGGCCUCGGAGUCUCUCUGGGGCUCCAGGUGACCUGAUGCCCGGCCACGGCCCCUCCCCGGGCUGGGGGGGCCCUCUGUCCCUCCUCUCUGGCUGGAGAUUGGCCUCAUUUUCUUGGGUGGGGGUGGAGGUGGUUUGCUCAGCUCAGAUGGUGGUGUAUUUUUCUUUUUCCUCCAGCCAGACCCCCCCU